GUUGCCUGGCCCUUGUCUUCUGUUGUUACAUUUGGUGUCGCUGCCUACCGACAAAUGAAAAGCCUAUACCCUGCAGUUUUUGAUGGAGACAUAUGGAUCUUCGGGCAGGACUUCAAGGCUUCUGCGCAGUUGAGUGGCGUUCAAGAUCUGUCAGCGAUGGAGCUGCUACUUGAGACGCUGCUGGGAGGUCGGGCGAAAGCAGCAUAUGAAGGUGUGGGCCGAAGUAUGGACGAAUGUUCGACAGGGUCAGGCAAACAGUUUCCAAAGUGGGAAGGACCAUAUAUGGUCACUUCGAGAUGGGGUUACGCAGACACAGUCGCAAUGGCGAACAAUAAGAGGCGCGUGAACGUCAGCGAGCUCCAGAAAUGGAUACAGCGAGACAAGCCAACGAUGACGCCUGCACCAAGUAGAUCAAGCCGACUUCAGUCGCACGUAUUUGACGGGGGGACGAGUGUGGUGAGAGCAGGCUGCUAGCCGAUUGGUUGGCACUAAUCUACGUUAAGGUCUAGGUCACUAAUAUGGGCCGUGAGAAAAUAUGAACAAGCCUGAGUCAACAACCAAUCACAGCAAAGUUAACGUGGCAAAAUAUGAUUCGCAUUUGUCAAGGAAUCCCGAAACAACCAAUCAGAAGCCUGCGUUUGUCUACCUAAACAACCAAUCAGAUGACUGCGCUUGUCUAUAAUAAUGUAGUUGAAAGAUGUAUAAAUACGUGUUGAUUUUCAUAAUAAAACGAUCU